AUGGGCUCCAGCGGCCUGCCGCGCAGUGGCCUGGAGCUCGCCGCCCGCGCGGCGCUCGCGAGCCGAUCGGCGGGACGGCUCCGCCUUCGCGCCCAAGCGGUCGACGCGCCCGCUGCCGCGGAGCUGGGAACCGGCAUCCGAUCGGACUUCCCGGUGCUGGACCAGCGCGUGAACGGGAGGCCGCUGGUGUACUUCGACAACGCCGCGACAUCGCAGAAGCCGCUGGCGGUGCUGGAGGCGAUGGAGGGCUACUACAGGACCACCAACUCAAACGUGCACCGGGGGGUGCACGCGCUCAGUGCGCGGGCCACCGCGAUGUACGAGGCGGCGCGGGACCGGGUGGCGGCCUUCGUGGGGGCGGGCGAGUCUCGGGAGGUGGUAUUCACGCGGAACGCCAGCGAGGCGAUGAACCUGGUGGCCUACAGCUGGGGCAUGAGCAAUCUGCGGGAGGGCGACGAGAUCAUAAUAUCAACGGCUGAGCACCACAGCAAUAUUGUUCCAUGGCAAAUAGUGGCAAAGAAGACAGGGGCACGCCUUCGUGCUGUCACCCUCACUAAAGACACUGAAGAACUGGAUAUGCAGCAUUUCAGGGAGCUGCUGAGCGACCACACAAAGCUUGUAUCCCUCUUCCAUGUGUCCAACACUCUUGGGGCAGUGAGCCCAGUUGAGGAUAUUGCGGAGAUGGCCCACAAGGUUGGGGCUAGAGUCCUGCUGGAUUGCUGCCAGUCGGUGCCAAACAGGCCAGUCGAUGUCCAGGACCUUGGAGCUGACUGGAUCGUGGCAUCUGGGCAUAAGAUGUGUGGACCUACAGGCUGCGGUUUCUUGUGGGGCCGUUACGACGUGUUGGAAGAGAUGACACCUUUCAUGGGCGGAGGGGAAAUGAUUGAGGACGUGUUCAUUAGCCACUCGACAUAUGCCCCGCCUCCUGCUCGAUUCGAGGCUGGCACGCCGGCUAUUGCCGAGGCCAUCGGCCUCGGGGCAGCGUGCGACUACUUGUCUGGCCUGGGCAUGCACAGGGUGCACGCUUACGAACAGGAUUUGGGGGCCUAUCUGUAUGAUCGGUUAAAAUCCGUGGGCAAGGUUCGGAUCUACGGCCCACCGCCAUCGGUGCCGAGGUCCCGCGCCAGCCUGUGUGCCUUCAACGUGGAGGGGCUUCAUGCUUCAGACGUGGCGGCUCUGCUGGAUCAGCAAGGCGUGGCAGUGCGUUCCGGCCACCACUGCACUCAGCCCCUUCACCAGUACUUGGACGUCCCGGCGUCGGCAAGAGCCAGCCUGUACAUAUACAACACGCGCCACGAGGUGGACAUGUUCAUUGACGCCCUGGGGGACAGCAUCAAGUUUUUUACUGAUCUAAACUUCUGA